CAAGAUGCUGUGGGCGUCAUGAAUAUUCACAUGCGUCCUAUACGUAGCAGGCCGGGUGGUGGCAUAGCCCAGGUGAGGUAACAGCUGCACAGCUGAAACUGUGCGAAGAAGCCACUUAGAUUGGUAACAGGUACCUUGGUGGUGAGUCAGGACAGCACUAGAACAGAAUCCUAAUCGCUGGCAACGUUCAAAUAAGAUACGAAAAGGUGAAGUAAGGUUGCGCAAUCCCUGGUCGGUUAAAAGAAGCGGCAUUAUGUUCAGCUGGGUAAACAAGGAGCAGGGUGGUAGGAACAAAGAGGGCGAUAUGUUUCAAACAGUGACCGAGGGACUUCAGAGUCUUUAUACCAAAAAAUUACUACCUUUAGAGGAAGCCUACUUUUUCCACGAUUUCCACUCACCAGCACUGGAAGAAGCGGAUUUUCAGAGCAAACCUAUGGUUCUUCUGGUGGGACAGUACUCCACAGGGAAAACUACUUUUAUAAGGUAUCUCCUAGAGCAGGAUUUUCCGGGUAUGCGGAUCGGGCCUGAGCCAACAACAGAUGGUUUCAUCGCUGUGAUGUAUGGGGACAACGAGGGGGUUGUUCCUGGCAACGCCCUUGUUGUGGAUCCCAAGAAACCAUUCCGCAAGCUCAAUGCCUUUGGGAAUGCCUUCCUGAACAGGUUCUUCUGCUCUCAGAUGCCCAACCAAGUUCUGCAAAGCAUCAGCAUAAUCGACACACCAGGGAUCUUAUCUGGAGAAAAGCAGCGCAUUAGCAGAGGCUAUGAUUUUGCUGAAGUUCUGCGAUGGUUUGGUGAGCGUGUGGAUCGCAUCAUCCUCCUCUUUGACGCCCACAAACUGGACAUCUCAGAUGAGUUCUCCGAGGCUAUAAAGGCCCUGCGCGGCCAAGAUGACAAGAUCCGUGUGGUGCUGAACAAGGCUGACCAGGUGGACACUCAACAGCUGAUGCGAGUCUAUGGGGCCCUCAUGUGGUCCUUAGGCAAGGUGAUCAACACUCCAGAGGUGGUGAGGGUCUACCUGGGCUCCUUCUGGGCCAAGCCCUUGCAGAACACGGACAACCGGCGCCUCUUUGAGGCUGAGGCGCAGGACCUUUUCCGGGAUAUCCAGGCCCUGCCACGCAAUGCUGCCCUGCGAAAGCUCAAUGAUCUCAUUAAAAGAGCACGACUUGCCAAGGUGCAUGCAUAUAUCAUCAGUCACCUAAAGAAGGAGAUGCCUUCUCUAUUUGGUAAGGAGAAGAAGAAGGAGGAAUUGAUCGCCCACUUGCCAGAGAUCUAUCAGAUGCUGCAGAGGGAGCACCACAUCUCACCUGGAGAUUUCCCCAAUGUUAAUAAGAUGCAGGAGCAACUCAUGCACUACGACUUCAGCAAGUUCCCCUCCCUGAAAAUAAAGCUUAUCGAAUCAGUGGACAAGAUGCUGAGCAACAAGAUCUCCUCACUGAUGAUUAUGAUCCGGGAGGAAGAAGGCAAGCAGCCGCCCCAGAUGGUGAUGGGCGGGGCCUUUGAUGGCUCCGGAGAUGGCCCCUUUGGCCAUGGCUACGGCGAGGGCAUCAGCGCUGGCGCGGAUGCCGAGGACUGGAUCGUGAGCCGCGACAAGCCACGCUACGAUGAGAUCUUCUACACCCUGAUGCCCAUCAAUGGCAAGGUGACUGGCAUCAAUGCCAAGAAGGAGAUGAUGAGCUCACGCCUGCCCAACACCGUGCUUGGGAAGAUCUGGAAACUGGCUGACUGCGACAGGGAUGGGAUGCUGGAUGACGAGGAGUUUGCCCUGGCUCAGCACCUUAUAAAGGUCAAGCUGGAGGGCUUCGAGCUGCCCUCAGAGCUGCCAGCCCAUCUGGUGCCCCCAGGCCACAGAAAGAACCCCACUGCAGACAUCUUGUACACAAACCAAGAGGACUGAGAACCUGAUGUGACCACGUCUUCUAUUUUUAUGUAAACUGCACACAAUGUAGCCUUCAACCAAUAAUUCUAACAGAGCAGAUAAUGAAAGAAAUCUGGUACUGCAAGUUAGCAUUAUUAUGUUUUGUAGGAACUCUGCUUAGGACAGAACGGAAGGAACAAGCGACCAAAGAAAUCAAACAAACAACAAAAAAACCCAACAUGAUUUGCUGUGAGUCCUAAUGUGGAGACAGUCUGAAAAGUUUUAUAUUCCCAAAUACUCUGUAUUUAGACUGGCUGGAAUUAGUGGUUGCAUAACUUUAUGCUAUCACAGUGACUAUAAAAAUGGGUUAUGCUAUCUCAUAUUGAUAUCACUUUUUAAACCUUUCUAUCUGUGCAUCUGAUGCAGUCUGAUGUAUGUCUGCAACCGUGCUUCACACUGAAAACAAUGAAAACAUAUCACAAUGUCUAACUAACUAAAAAGGAUUCAUAGUCAUGUUUUUAAAAGCAGCCAAUUAUAUAUUUCAUAUUUUUCUCACAUCAAGUUGUAUGUAUGAAGUACAAGGAACUUCUAAAUAGCAAGUUUACUUUAAUAUACCUCUUAAAAUAGACAUUUACUUUUAUACAACAUGUAAUGCAUACAAAAAGACACCAGAAAGAAAAUAGAAUAUUUUCCUUUAUCCAUUAAUUCUAAUUCAAAAGGAUGAACAUACUGUCAGUGUUGUGCUCUCUGACCUUGUAGUUUUGGAAGAGACAACAUGGAAGGUUUGCUUUCCAUAAUACUGACAUUAGGUCUUUUAACUUAAUUGAUUAAAUGAUGCACACUGCACACGUUUUAGAGGUAGCCUAAGUUAACGAAUGCCAAGCCUGGUUGCUGAGAAAACCAUCCAACAAAUCAUUUUCAGUGAGUUUGAAGAAAGUCUAGCUCUCAGAGAGAACUCUUACUUAGAGUGACACGUUACCUUUCCUUAGCUGGCCGAGUCACACAGCCAGCUGUUCGUAGCUUGUAUUGUGCAACUAAAUAAGUGCCAAAGGAAUACCAAAAUUGCAGUGAAGAAUUUUCACUGCCAAGCACUAGUCUAAGAAGAUUUGUUCAUUCACCCCCACUGCUGUUCACAUCUGUGGACUCAUUGAGAUCAGUGCGCAUCUUCGGCCUAUCUUUUGCACCAGCAAAAAUGGUCAGCUGUUAUUUGGAUUUGUAAAUCAAUGUAACAGUUAUGAGUUCAUGUGUCUUAUCCUGUGGUGAGGUGAUACCUCAAUGUGGUUGCUUUUGAUUGGUCAGUGGUGGCAAACUGUUCUUGGUCAAAAUAAGACUGAAAGAAGUGUGGGAUGGAUGGGUGGGUCAGUGGGUGGGGGGUGUAAAGGAUUUUUGGAGGAGAUCUGAAGUGGAGCUGAGCCAGAGCUGGUGGACUGAGAAAUCUCUCUUGGGCUUGCUCUCUCUUUCUCUCUGUUUCCCUCUCUCCCUCACUCUUUCUCUAUCUCUCUCUCUUUGUCUCUAUCCAUCUAUUAUGUAACAUUCAGGAAGUAUUUUGUAUUCUGCAUUUCUGUUAUUUAUAAUGUGCACAGCCUUGUUACAAUAUUUAACCAAUUGUAGUGUUGUAAUUAAUUGGCUUGUGUUAUGCUAAUAAAUCCUGUUACCUUGAACUCAUGUGAAGCUCUGCUCUUAAGAUAACAUUACAUAAUGUAAAUGCUUAAGUACCCACUGAAUGCUGUAAAGAACCAGCUAUAGUUUUAUAUAAUGUUGACACCAGUUCCCUGUAAAGUAUUGAGUGCUGCAAACAUCUAUUAGGUUAAACCAUAAGUUAGGCUAGCUGAACAGUAAACCUCUGUCAAAGCAGGCUAUUUUUUGGCAUUAAGGAACUUUAUGCCUAGGCUUUCAUAUCUUAUGCUAAGCUAUGCAAUAGAAUUUGCUCUUUCUAUCACAUUUGUUAAUUAUAGUUUGGAGUCAGAUAAAUGGAUUAAGUUGUACAUGCACUAUACCUCCAGAUGCAUCUCUUUCCGCUGUAGGUAAGAGGACUGGAGGUAUGCAACUCCUCCAUACUAAAUGAUGUAAUUGCAUGAUUUGAGUAGAACAGGGACUCACGAUUCACUGAUAUCCUGAGCUAAUAUUGCUGGGCCAUUCCUGAUGAUAAUAAAUAUUUCCAUAUAUGCAUGUGUAGGUGAUGAUGCUGAUAAAGAUGUAUUGGAUCUACUACACAUACGGACAGUGCUGUUGUAAAUCAAAUUAAAGGGGCUUAUCUGAUUUGA